AUCAAUAACACACUUAUUUACAAACAAAAAAAAAUACUUGAACAUAUGACUUCUACAUCUGUUUUUGUUUCUGGCGCUAAUGGUUACAUUGCUCAACAUGUCGUCAAGCAAUUGCUUGCAAAGGGAUACUCCGUUGUUGGAUCAGUUAGAUCAGAAGCUAAAGGUGAAGAAUUAAAAUCUUUAAUUAACAAUGAUAAGUUUUCUUAUGAAGUUGUCCCUUCACUUACCGAAAAAGGUGCCUUUGAUGAUGCAAUUAAGAAACAUCCCGAAGUUACUGUGUUCUUACAUACUGCUUCUCCUGUCUCAUUCUCGAUUAAAGAUAUUGAAAACGAUUUAGUUAAGCCAGCUAUUGAAGGUACUGUCAAUGCUCUUAGUGCCAUUAAAAACUAUGGACCUCAAAUUACCAGAGUUGUUGUUACUUCCUCUGCAGUCUCCAUUCUUGGAUUUGGACCAUACUUUGAUAGUGACAAGAUUUACAAUGAAGAUGACUGGAACCCAAUCACUUAUGAAGAAGGUUUGACUAACCCUCACUUUGGAUAUUUUAGUUCCAAGAAAUUCGCUGAAUUGGCCGCCAAUGAUUUCGUUGCUAAGGAAAAUCCAAAGUUUAACAUUUCAUUUGUCCAACCAGUUUAUGUUUUUGGCCCUCAAGCUUAUGCUGUUAAAGAUAAGGCCAACUUAAAUUUUUCAAGUGAAAUUGUCAAUCGUGUUGUCAAAUUAAGUAAAGAUGAUAAAAUCCCCGAAGAAGCAGCUGAAUUCAUUGACGUCAGAGAUGUUGCACGUGCACACAUAAUUGCUUUUGAAAGUGACGAAGCUAUUCUGAAAAGAUUAUUCCUUGCUGCUGAAACGUAUACUCUCGAUUCAAUUGCCGAUAUUAUUAAUAGACGUUUCCCACAAUCCACAGUUCCAAAGGCAGACCUUUCAAAAAAUGCCGAAAUUUUGAAAACUGCUCAUAAGAUUGAUAAUUCAAGAACAAGAAAGAUUCUUGGAUUUGAAUUUAAAACUCUUGAAGAGUCAGUAUAUGAUACUGUUGAACAAAUCAACAAUGCUUAAAAUAUAUAGAAAACUUUUUCCCUUUCAAUUUAUAGAGUUAUAAAAAAUGUUAAAAUAAUCGAGAAAGUAUAGAACUACUAGUUCAUCUUUAGAGUUGGCCAAUAAUGUUUAAAUAAAUGCUCCAUGAUUUUG